UUUUGAGUGAUUUCCUCGUAUGUUCUGUUCUUCUAUUUGCCUUGUCUCGGAGCAAUUCCUUGUUCUGUGGGAAACCUUACGAUUUGAACAGAUCUAAAUGAGAUAGCGAAGUUGUUGGAUGAAAUGGUUGAAGUUCUAGACAAAGAACAGGCGGAAAUUCUUGCCAACAACUCUAGCACAGAAGCGGUUAUUAGCAAAAAGACCAUUACUUCACGCCAACAUGAUCAGACUAUUCAGCCAGCUUCAGAGCAAAGUUUAACAGCCAAGACACAAGACGCGAGACUGCUGCAGCAACAGCUCGAGGUUUCACCAGAAGAGUUGAAGCAGUUUGAAGAGGAGAUGGGAAUUGUUGGGGGAGUCGUGAAAGCGAAAGUUUAUAGAAGGGGACCGUCUAGCUUUCCAGCACCGCAGAGUGAACUGAAGCCGUGUGAUAGUAAUUCACAGCCUGUGCUUGGCAACACUGAGGCCCUUGCUGUCCCUUCCUUCACGAUACCGGAGAACGCCACCCAACAAGAGAAGGAGCAGCGGAUACAACAGAUGCUACAUGACAUUGAUGGCUUGCUGAGUCAUCUUGAGAUGAAUUCAUGAUGUUACCUUCGUUUCAUAAAAGUUGUUACCAC